GCGUACUCCAUCAUCAUUGCCUCUUUAAAAUCUAACCCUGGGACUCCACCGCUGGGUUUGCAGGAACGGAACUUCCCACGAUAAGAGACAAAGAUCAGUUUACUGGAAAGGCGUGAACCUGGGAACACACGAGUUUUUUUGAAACGAGACGAACUCGAGUGCGCAAAGAACAGGACCCACAAGGUAGAGCGUAGUGAAAGCAGAGGCUUGCAGCAUCGAGAGGGUCUCGGGUUCAGUUUGCCUGGCAAAGGCAGGGAGCAGCAAAUUGAAAACAGGGCAGACCACACCGGUGGAAUGUGUGAGACUCCGACUAGGGAAGCGAGCAUUGUGACCAGGUCGGCAGAGUAUGUGGGCUCCUUUCCAGUGGAAGACUGUUGCUUGGAUGAGCAGACCAAACUGGUCCAUGAGCAGCUGCAGUCUCUCAAGGACUGCAACAGACGGAGACCUGUCUCCCUGAAGUUCUCCCUCAGUGGAUUGAAGAUGUAUGACGAGGACGAGAACGUCCUUCUGAUGGCUCACGCCCUGCGGAGGGUGUCCUUCUCCACCUGCUCCCCUUCAGAAGCCCAGUUUGCCUUUGUCUCGCACAACCCUGGGUGUCCGGAUAGCCAGCUGUACUGUCACCUUUUCAAGGGCAGGCAUGCCAGGGCGGCCCGGUUUCUGAACCUGUUGCUGUGCCGCUGCUUCCAGCUGGUUUAUCUCCAGAAACACCCAGAGGAGGUGCAGGAGCUGUCUGUAAGCCCCAUCCCGGACCGCCCCCCCAUGCUGCUCAACCAGGGAAUCUCCCUCAAUGUCAGCGCCCUGGUUUCCUUCCGCAGGGCUCCCACCCAGGGGGGUCUGGUGCCCAGUGAAAAGGAACCCACUCCAGAUGAGGAGCAGCAGAGCAGCCCAGAAGAGAAUCAGGUCUCCUCUCCCACGCUGGUGCGAAAGAAGGCCAUCCGGAACAAAGUUCUGCGCUCUGGCGCCUAUCGCUCCUUCACCUACAGCUCGCACACACCGCGGCCCAGCCAGGACCGCCGCCAAGCCCCGCAGGGCAGGGCUUGGAGGAGCUUGGACAUUCAGGGAAGCAGUACUCCCACCCUUGCAGAGACAGAGGAAGCCUUAGCAGAGGCAGUAUGGUCCUGGGCAGGACUUUCAAGUAAAGGCAGCUCCUCUCUGCUCCUUGACGAUGUACUGGGGGCUUUCCUGCUGCACCCUCAGUCUGGGUCCUCUGGCUGCAGCUUGCUCACCGUGCGGACCCACUCCGGCCUGGCUAAUUACAACGUCAAGGUGAACGCCGAGGGCAAAUAUUUUCUGGAGAACCACCUCAAGAACUUUGACACCAUAGGAGCUUUAAUUGAGCACUACACAGAGUUUCAAGGGGAACUGGGGUGUUCCCUGAGUUCUGCCCGAGUAAACCACUGCUAUGAGUGGGAAGAAGGCCCAAGAGGCUUUAAACACUCAGCAAGGCCAAACGAGACAAUCAGCAUAAGCUUAUCAUGAAAGAAACUGUCAUAGCUUCUCGUCAGGAGCAGGGUGCACAAGGAAGGCCGACUGGAGAACUGUGAACCAGCUGGAUUAGAUGUGAUCACCUUUUCUGACGAUCUAUAAACUCUAAACGUGGUUUUCAGUCCUGUAUUUAUGAAGCAACUUCCUGGGUGCCUCCAGGCUUGCAGUAAAGUCAGUAAAGGAGACACCUUUCCACCAAAUGGCUCUGAAUUGCUCAGUUCAUACAGCGUGUCAAAACCUGAACGGAUUAAUGGAUGGAAAGGUAGGAAGAGCAUGUCAUCACUUCCACAUUGUCUCCUACAAUGCUAUAAGGAAGGAGUGGACAAUGAUGUCAUGAAUGGGUGGGGCAAAAACGUGUAGAGACUAUUACUGGAACCCUUAAGUAUGCAAUCCUACACUGCUGUUAUUUUAAGUGAUGGUGCUCAUCAUGAUUAAAUGAAUCUUGGUAUUUUUUAAAUUGUUAACCAGUAAAUAGUUAAACUAGCAAAAACCAGGAUAGGUAACAUGAAUAAACAUGAUGUCAAAAAAUGUUGAUUGCAUUGUUUACUUAAUCCCCUUUAAUCCCUCAGGAUAGCUGUUUUAAAAUAUCAGUGUCUACAGUAAAUGUUUAAGAAAAUAAUGCUUAUUUAUGUUAAUCUGUUUACACUAUCCUCUGCAGUCUGUGGGCUCCAACAAUCCCGCCUACAGUAUAAAGAUGGAUUAUGAGUGAGAAAAUGGAAAUGGGGGUUUGACCACCUUAUUCCUCUUUGUUUCAUCCAUCCAAGUUUCUCCCCAUGUGAGCAGUCAGGGUCUUUGCUCAGGGUCUUUGCUCACUUAAAAGUGUUCCAUGUUUCAUUAAAAUGAUGAUUAGUUUCCAAGAGACACUUUAAAACAGGUUUAAACCUUGUAAUGGAGCACAGUAAUGGAGAUUAGUAUAUAUGUACUAUUUUUAGAUUAGUAUAUAUGUACUAUUUUUUAUGUAUAUUAAU